GUCACUUUCCUAUAUAUACUCUCAAACUCAACUUAUAGCCAGAAACCUCAUCUCUCUCUAUUUUCUCUCUCACUCAUACACACUCUUUCUCUCUCCUCGUGACUCUUCUUUGAAGGAUGUUUGUUUUAUGAAGCUCAUGAUAAAGGGUAUAAUGUUUUUAUUUCAUUAUUAAUUUAUUAAUCAUAUCCUUCUUUCAAAACAAAUAAUUUCAUAUUCCUUAGUUUGCACCUCUAUACAAUUAAUCAUCUUAAUUAAUUAUAUUCUAUCUUCUUCUAGUUUCUUUAUUGCUUUAGUUUUCUUUGAAGGGUUACUAAAAAAAUUAAUUUUUUUUUAAGGGUUUUCUUUUAGUACUAUAGUAGUAGAGAAAUAAAUAAACAAACAUCCUCAACUUGAUUGUCCUAUGUUUAUAUCUUGUUACAUAUUUUAGUUCUAAAUUUUCCUUUGUUUGCCUAAGUUUUAUUUGAAAAGAAAAAAAAAAAAAAUUCUUCCUUUUUCAUUUAAUUUUUAUACUAUUCUACACCUUGAAAUUAAUCAUUAAUUUCUAAGAGUAACAAAAAAAAAAAAUGCCACAUAUUGAUGUUCCUGAUCUUUCACUUCAAAUUAGUCUACCAAAUAGUUCACCUUCAUCAAUUUGCACAAAUGAAGUUGAUGAUUUAGAUUCACCUUUUGAUAUAUGGAAAAAUAAUAUUAAUGAUUCUACUAAUACACAUCAAGGUUUUAAAUCUCAUAGUGAUGCUUUUUCAACUUCAAUCAAACUUUCAUUAACAACAACUCCUAGUGAAGUUGAGAGUCCUUUGAUGAGAAAAGAAUUUGAUAGAUUAAGACCCUUUAAUGGAAUCCCUCUUUAUAGUGAUAACAAUCCUUCAAUAAUAGAGAAAGAUUCAAACUUUUCUCUAUAUCCUUCUUGUUCUUCUAAUUCUUCAACUUUUUGUGGUCAUAAUGGUUUUGAGGGUGUUAAGGGAAUUUCAAGGUUUAAUGGUAUAACUAUGGAGAGUUUAAGACCUCAGAAGUUUCAAUACUUGAAUCAACAAAAUCAGCAUCAUGUUCUACAACAGGAGCAACAACAUCAGAAGAAUCAGUUAGGGAAUAUGGGAAAUUCUGAUUUUGGAAAUGGAUUUGUGAGGUCAAGAAUGAUUAUGCCAAGACAACAAAGUAAUAAGAGGAAUAUGAGGGCUCCGAGAAUGCGAUGGACUAGUUCGCUUCAUAAUCGAUUUGUUCACGCCGUUGAACUUCUCGGCGGCCAUGAAAGAGCUACUCCAAAGUCAGUUUUGGAGCUAAUGGAUGUGAAAGAUCUAACACUUGCUCAUGUCAAAAGCCAUUUGCAGAUGUUUAGAACUGUUAAAAACACUGACAAGCCAGCAGCUUCUUCAGAUGGAGAUGAGAAUUUCAUGUCCCUAACACCACCUCAUAAUCAAAAUAAGAACUAUAAUGCAUCUCUAGAUCAUGAAAUUGGACACACUACAAACAAUUUAUGGGCUAAUUCUUCUUCAAGUAAAGAAACAUGGACAGAAGCUAGUUCCAGAGAUUUUGAUGAGCUUAGUACACAUGAAAUCCUAUCAUCUCAACACAAUGGGAACCUUCCUCAGGGAAGCAACUACAUACAAUCAAGAAGCUUCAAGGAUCAAAACAUAGAUUGUCAGAAGAAUCCAAACUUGGAGUUCACCUUAGGGAGAUCAAAUUAAUUUACAUUAUUCAUGGAUCUCUUUACUGGCCAUAAAAAAAAAAUAGUGCACAGAUAUUUUAUAUAUAUAUAUAUAGCUAGUUAGCUAGGUAUUGCUUUUGUGAAGACGAAGAUGUCACUUUCCACAAAUAUAUAAGCAACUUUGUAUAUUCUUUUUUGAGCCAAAGUUUAUUAUUUAGGUGGUGUUAGCUAGUCAUUAUCAUUAUAUAUAAAAAAUGUUGUGGUUAAAAGUAAAAGUGGAAGAAAAGAAGGAAUCAAAUGUGUUAUAAGGCUUUUAUUGUGUC